AUGCUUUUUUUACUUUGGUUUUAUAUAUCCGCGGCUUGUGCUUCGCUGUACCACAACAAUUGGGAUAGGUUUACCGAAAACUUCGAGCCAACCAAUCUGUCGUCCCUGAACCUUCAAGAACGGUCAUUUUUCAACUCGGGAAUGAUAGAAGAAUGGACUCCCAUACGAUCUACAAUAUCCCCUGGUAAUCGGCAAUAUUUUACCUUUCCAGUCAAUUCCAGCUAUUCGCGCAUCAUGUCGAGCGUCGACAUGCUUGUGUUUUUGAGCGGAAACGUCAAUACCCAGGCACCUGAGCUUUUCAAAUCGUAUACAGAGCUGGAAGUUGCUGUGUACUACACUUUUGACGAGUCCGUGCUGUCUAACAUCACGGAAACCGGCAGUCUCGCUUUGUUUCAGGCUGGCUACUUCGAGGCUCUCGCAUUGCGCCCAUUAGACCCAGAUAGUAAUUCUACUGAGUACUCCAAUUUGUAUCUGGUGGUUGAUGUAUACAAUACUUCGUCAAAAUCAGCUGCAAUUCCCUCACCGGAAACUCAAUCACUCUUCUGGAACUACACACUCAGUAUUUCGCAGUACGAUCUGGUAUUUCAGUGGGACAACCGUGCCUGGAUAGAGCUGGUAGACUCUGACUACGACUCGGCUCUUUUGGUGACAGGCAACGUUACGCAAAGCGUUUCGAACUCCAAUUAUUCGAUCUACGAUACCGGGCUAUACGAUCUUUUCCUCUAUUCAUACGAUCACGUCGAUUAUUUUGAUAGCUCGUUAACUCACUCGCUUGGCGCCAUUCAGAAUGGGCCCUUUUUGGCAACUUCUGCAAACAACGACAGUGCAACUUAUGGCUAUGGCUCGAAUAAUUCCACAGGCUUGGCAAUUCAAAAAUCCAUAACAGUUCGAGAGGGCUCCGUAAAGGAGCAAUUUCAUAUAACGGGACUGAACGCUUCAACGACGUACGUCGUCUACCUCACGAAAAGAAUCUCAGACAACCAGAGAGUCUUAAGCUCCAACGGUGGGGUUUUGUUUUCCAAGUCCACUUUUACCACCCUAAGCGACAACUCCUGUUCUUUGAUUUUUGGCUUGGAUUUUUGCGAUGGGGUUGCCUAUUCGGUUCCAACUUCUAGUCUUGCCAAGGACAAUAAAACGGCCAUUGCGAUCAUGUACGAUGAAAUCGCCAAGUCACUUUACGCUAAUUUCAGUAAAGCUUUGCAGAUCAUACCUUGCGACACAGAGCUAGAUGCAAAGUAUUCACCACUCAGAUCGUGCGAUGACUGUGCAGAUGCUUAUAGGAAUUGGCUUUGUGCAGUAAGCAUACCGCGUUGCACUACUUUGCAAUCCGAAUACUUCAUUCACAGGAAAAAGGACGAUAACAGAAACGAUUAUUUGAAUCAACAGAUCCAACCACUAAAUGACUACUUCGAGGUUUUACCUUGUAUUGACAUGUGCUAUAGCCUAGUUACUGACUGCCCUUCUGAUUUCCAGUUUUCAUGUCCCAGCAAGAAAUCCCAUUCGAAUCUGUUCUAUCUCAGUUACAAUGUCUACAAAAGCGAUCAACCCUUUGAUACUUGCAACUAUGUGGGGUCGUCGAAGAGUCUGCACAUCAUUGAUGGCUAG